AUGGCCUCUAUUUCCACAGUUGUUCGUGAUAUCACACUGGUCGGUGAGCACAUUUUCGAUCACGCUCAAGUGGUUCGCGCUGAAAUCGACCGAUUCGUGGACCGUUUCGAACGGAACGAACGUCAUCGAGAGUUUGAUGGAAUCCUUCGUGCCAGUCAUGCACUCGUUGAAUCGUCGGAAACUCCAGUCGAAGGACUUUUCUAUAUGGGAAAAAUGCAAACGAUGACGGAGAGUGUGGAUGAAAUUACCAAGAAGAUUCAAGCCCUCGUUGAGCCAAAACACCAGAAAGAACAUGAAGAGUAUCUGGAGAAAGUAAGAGAGGAACAGAAGAAGUACGUGGAUGCAUGUCGAGAGCAAGCAAUGAACAAAAUGAGAUCCAUGGCUGCUAAUCGUUAA